CGUCUCCUCCUCCCGUCUCCUCUUUAACCCUCCCUCCCCCUCGCGGUCCUCUCAGGCUCGCACAGAGUCCUCGACGACGCUCGCCAUGUCCUCCCAGAACCCCAUCCGAAGAAAGCUCGUCAUCGUUGGCGACGGUGCUUGCGGCAAGACCUCAUUACUCUGUUCCUUCGCCCUCGGCGAGUUCCCCAAGGAAUAUCAACCAACCAUCUUCGAAAACUACGUCGCCGAGAUCCGCCUAGACGGCAAGCCUGUCCAGCUCGCCCUCUGGGAUACCGCUGGCCAGGAAGAAUACGAGCGCUUGCGGCCGAUGUCGUACUCGAAAUCGCACGUUAUCCUCAUCGCCUUCGCCAUCGACACGCCGGACUCGCUCGAGAACGUGACGGUCAAGUGGAUUGAAGAGGUGCGCUCGAUUUGCGGGCCGACGAUCCCCGUGCUGCUCGUCGGGUGCAAGUCGGAUCUGCGCCCGCCACAAGGCGGGAACGCGCCGGCGGGGUCGUACGUGACGACGGCGGAUGCGCAGCGCGUGGCGAACGCGAUCGGGGCGCGGGCAUAUAAGGAGUGCUCGGCGCUGAAGAUCGAGGGCGUGGACGACGUGUUCGAGGCGGCGACGCGGGCAUCGAUGUUGAUGCGGGAGGGCGUGCCUGCGCAUGUGUCGUCGGGGCACGAGCGGCGGGGGAGCCGGGCGCGGAACGUUGAGGGGACGAAGAGCGGGUGUUGCGUGGUGUGCUAGGCGAAUGAUCCACGGCGGGGACGGGUCGCAGGGCGAGGAGUAGUGUCACAGGAUGCGGGGUGUCGGUGGAGGUACGUCUUGAGUGAGCUGGGUGAGCGAGUUGAUUCUGAGUGGGUGGAUAGGGCGUUGUGUGCCGUGUCGUCGUCUGCAGUUGCUCGCCCGCCCGUCGUUCUCGUCUUUCACCCUCAUUGUCGCCUCGCGUCGCCCCUCGCUCGUUGCAUCUCCCUCCGGGUCGGACGCCCACGUGCCCGCGUCCGCACGCUCACGUCUGGCCAUCUGUC